GCAGCCUUUCACGGACAUAUACCGGGUUUUGCUGCGUGGGCGACGGAUGAGGCGCCGCGGAGUCAUCGGCUUCUGCGUCGUUUGUUUCUUCCUCUUCUUCGCCUCAUUAUCGCCUUUCGCAGUGUGAGCGGCCCCCCGGGGGCAAACUGUGGGCGGGCGUCGCAGCCAGCGGCCAUGUCGGGGUUCAAUCUGCUGCACCUGGUGACUAAGAGCCAGCCUGUGGCACUGCGGCCCUGUGGGCUCCCCUCAGGAGCAUGCCGACGUAAGAAGACGUGGCCAGUGGUCUUUUCUCACGAUGAGCUGAAGCGGCGCCUCACACCCAUCCAGUUCCACGUCACCCAGGAGAGAGGUACUGAGAGUGCCUUCAGAGGGGAGUUCACCGACCACAAGGAUGAUGGGAUCUAUACAUGUGUGGUGUGUGGAGCCCCUCUCUUCGAUUCUGAUAAGAAGUUUGACUCUGGAUCAGGAUGGCCCUCGUUUUACGACCUGAUCAAGGAGGAAUCUGUGACCCUGACAGAUGACUUCUCCCACGGCAUGCACAGAGUGGAGACAACCUGCAGUCAGUGUGGGGCUCACCUGGGACACCUCUUUGACGAUGGGCCCCGACCGACUGGGAAGCGCUACUGCAUCAACUCGGCUUCCCUGGCUUUCCAGCCGCGGGAGCAGGCUGCCCCCAGCCCAUCUGUGGCAGCAGAGCUGGGAGGGGCCGGCAAAGGUGCCCCCAGCAGUGCCACGGAGGGGGCGAUGGCCUCCAGUAAAACAGAGCUCUGAUUGUGACAGCUUGAGCCUCCUGACCUCUGUUGUCUCCAUGGACAUAUGGGCUUCCUGUCUCCAUCUCACCAUGGUCUCCCACUUUCCACAGACCCAACGCUGCAGAUGAGCUUCGCCACCCGUGUCGUCCCCCCCGACUCAAGGUCAUCGUUGAAUGACCCUUUGAUAUGAUUGCCUAUGUCCACUUCUGGCCACAAACACCCUUUGCCUUAAACACUUGUGGCGCUCCCCAGCGGAAGACACUUUGGGCUUCAGUGGUCUAAAACUAAACACCGUACUGUCUCCGUCAUUCUAAGCAACAAGUAUCGUUAACCUAAAUGCCCACAGGAUAGAUAGUCCCAGCCUAUACUUAACUGCUCUAAUAUCUUCCCUGCUAAUAUCUCCUUCCAAGACUCAGUCCAGCUAAAAAAGACUUGUGUUAUGUAAAGAAGACAGAUGUUUGCUGUUCUCCUUGUUAGGCACUAUUGAUUUUAAACAUUUUACAAAAGUUUUUAUAAUAUAUUCAUAGCUGUUAUUUUUUUCUUCAGAAAAAUAUAUUCCAGAGCUAUAUGUUGAGAAGUAAAUAUGUAUACUUUGUGACUAUAUUUUGACAUGGCAUUUGAUACUGCUAGUUGGAAAGUUGAAGAAAAACACUAUGCAAGUGCUUUGUAAUGAGCAUCAGGCUGAGACCAAAGCAUUCUUUCAAAUAGGAUGGAAGAGAUGACAUGUUUAGUCUGAACAAAGAUGAUCUUAAUGUGUGCGGGUGCGUUUUGCCUCCUGUGUCCAGUGCCUUUUGCUUCGAUUAAAUAUUUUUGUUUUGAUUCACUGGCAGUAUUGAGAAGUACUGCAAUUCAAUAAAACUU